AUGUUGCAGACCCUCUUGCUCGUCGACAGCUACGUGGUCGCGGUCGUCGCCGCUGCCUUGCUCGGAACGUACCUCGUCAUGCACGUCUUCACGUGCAACCGCAGCAAGGUCGAGCUGCACUACCGCCACGACUCGCCUCUCCAGCAGUUCAUCGCUGCCAACGCGCCGUCGGUCUCGGCGCCGUACCAUCCGCCGUGGUGGGCCAUCAACGCGCACAUCCAGAUCGCAAUGACUCUGCUCGUGCCCCAAACGCCGAUCGCGUACACGCGCGAGCUGUUGCCAUUGGCCGACGGCGGCCAAAUCGGCCUCGACUGGUGCACCGGCGCCGCGACGCUGCCGGCGACUGCACCCAUCGUGCUUGUCGUCCACGGGCUCACGGGCUGCAGCUACGACAUGAGAUCGUUCUGCGCCGAGGCGCUCCGCGCGGGUUUCCGCCCCGUCGCCUUCAACAAGCGCGGCCACGGCGACACGCCGCUGACGAGCCCCAAGCUGCAGGCGUUUGGCUGCACGCAGGACCUCUCGGCCGCGAUCGCACAUAUCCAGGCGUCGUACCCGCAUGCCAAGAUCACGGGCGUCGGCUUCUCCGCCGGGUCCGGUCUCGUUACGUCCUAUUUGGGCGAGACAGGCGCCAAGUCGCAGCUCGCUGCCGCCGCCCUCGUCUCGCCAGGCUAUGACGCGCUGGGCCUCUUUUGCCACGGAGGCAUUUACCCGCUUUACCACUUCCUCAUGACCUUUACGCUCAAGGGCUUGCUCAAGCGCCACAGAGACGUCUUGUCGUCGACGAUUGACGUCGACGCAGCGUUGCAAGCGCGUUCGAUUCCCGAGUUUGACCGCCACGUCUACAUGAGCAUGCACGGCUACGACGACCUCGAAGCGUACUGGGCCAAGAACAAUCCGAUGCGCCAAGUGGAAAACAUUGCAGUCCCGACGCUCUGCAUCAACGCGCGGGACGACCCCGUGUGCACCUACCGGAUGAUUCCCUUCCAGGGCGUCUUUGAUUCCAACCCGAAUGCGAUGUUGGCGCUGACGGCGUACGGCAGUCACUGCGGCUUUUUUGAACUUGACGGUCUCGAACUCAAGUCGUGGGCCACCCGGGCGUCGCUCGACUACCUCCAGGCGGCGCUGCGCUAUCAACCCUAGACCUCGCUAUUGGACCCUAAACCACGCUAUUGACCCUAGACCUCGCUA